AUGGUGGACGCUACGUAUUUCCGUGACCUGCUCAGCCCGCAGGAUUAUUAUGCCAGCCUUGAUGGCGACCGAGACUCUGGGCGGCUUCUUAAGGACAAAUUCCAUGAUAUCGAUGACAAGACCCAUUUCAAGCCUUAUAUGAAACGACUGAGCGAUCCACUCACCACCAAUUUCGUGCUGGACUUUGGCAACGAGGAUGCAUUUUGUGCGACGGACUUGGACAAGGACGAGUUCAAGCUGUUGUUAAGCAAGCCGCGAGCGAAAUGCUUCGGCACAAGAUGGAUUAAUAUCUGGGCACCAGAGCAGCAGAAGGCUUCUAUUAAAGCAUUAACGACGCAUUACGGAGUUUCCGAGCGACUUCAGGGAAUGAUGUGCACUGACCCGGUCAUUCCUCGCCAACAGCCGGCGGUAUUGCCCAACAAGCGACACUCACGCUCGCACGAGUUCGACUCAACGAUUGACCACGAGCUGGAUGAUGUCGAGAAUGCGAUUGCUCUCAAGACUCUCCCGGAGCAAGAUGCCAUGCAUGAUUCUCCCUCCUUCAAGCAUCUUACAUUUGCACAUGUCACGAAUCAAAUCUGGCAUUUCUCUUCAGUGGACCAUGGUCCACGAUAUACGUGUAUCGGCUACAAUACGUUGUUUGUAGUGCCCGAUGUUCCUCGGAAAGAGAUGGAUAAUGGGGAAGAUCUUCCGGAAGGAAAGCGGAUUUGGAACUGGCUAAUCCUGACCGAUGAUGGGACUAUCAUCUCGAUCCAGGAGAACCCACUACCCAUGCAGCAAGGACCGUUAUCGACGAGCCAAGGAAAGAUUCUCGAUGUCGUGCGCAGGAAUACCAAGUUCAUCUUCUCCGGCGUCUCGAAGCAACACCUGAACGCAUCGGAGAAUGAUUCGCUGGUGACGAUCCGGGUGCGCCAUUUUAGCGACAGCGGACCGGAGGAGGCCAAUAUUAAGCAGGAAGACGGCCCCAGCCUACUCUUCUACUACAUUUUUGAUGAUUGGGUAUCCAGUUAUGGUUUGAUUGCCAAGCGAGAACACAAGUACGGGGUCGCCCUGGAAAGAUUGAGAGCCAGUAUGCUCCAUCGCCCGGUGGUAGAUCUGAUUAAUGAACUGCACUGGCUGGGCCGACGACUCGCCGUACUCAAGCGGUUAUACCAGAGCUACGAACUGAUUAUACGACGACUUCUCCAACGUCACCGCAUGCUGCGCGACGAAGCCCGCUCUCAUCAACCUGCGUCUUUGCUUCUUGGAGCCACGUUUGGGGAGAGAGAGUUUGCGGAUGUGCGAAAGGACAGCUUGAUGAGCAGCGGCAGUAUUCCGGGUACGACGGACAAGCCGGUCGGGGUGAUUCUUUGUUCGGCGGCGGCGGCACGCUUCGAGCGACUGGCGGAUCGCAUUGUUCUAUAUUGUCUGAGUGAAAUCGAGUCCUGCUUGACGGAGAAGGAAUCCUUGACGUUUUUGAAUUUCAAUUUGAUCGCGCUCAAGGACUCGCAGGCCGUGGAGAAAUUGACACGGAUCACGAUCCUCCUGGCCAAAGCGACGAUCUUGUUCCUACCGGUCAGUCUGAUGACUGCGUACUUCUCGACGGAAUUGCAGGGUUUCCAGGGCGGGUACACCAUGGUGGAAUACUGGGCGAGCUUCGCGGUGAUUUUCGUGGUCUCCAUCCUCCUGCUGAUGCUGUUCGGAGUGGCCAGCGACACGGUGGAAGGGAAGACGAUUUAUCGGUCCUUGGUGAAGACGUUCUUCAAGUCAGGACGGGAGCGGGCAGCCCGAAUCUCGCAAUUGACACGACGGGGACGGCAGGAUUGA